UGACUCCACAGGUGUGCUCGUUGCUAGGCAACACACGGAGAGCUGAGUGGAAAAGUUUCAGUGUCUUUAGCAUCCACCGCCGCUCCUUUAGUCUUUACAAUAUAACAUUAGGCCCUGUACAUUUAGGAUAAAGUGUUAGCAACAGUUCCUCUAGUGUAACACAGGAUAGCGUCUGUUUCGUACCGCAUUUUGGACAUUAAUUUCAUUCCGCAAUGCGUCCACACAAGAACCGAGUAAGAGUCAGUCGUCACAUUGGAUUACCUAACAAGAGAGAUACACCCGUGAGACCAGCACUGAGCACCAGAGAAAAGUUCAGGAGAGUUCUUCCCAGCAGGCAUUAUGAAGCAUUUCCAGAGGAACCUGAGGUGAAGGAGAUGAAUGUCCCCACUGUCAAACUAACCAACCCAAUGUUGACAAGCACUAAGCCUGUCCACUGCAACUCUGUGUUACACUUGAGCGGCCCUGCAUUGACUGAAAACCCCAGAGACAAAGCCGUGUUGCCUGCCGCGCCAGCUAAUAAAAAAUCUGGCCACCGAGUGUCACCAGCAGGUCCCCCGACUCCUGAGGAGCCAGAGGCUUUUAAAGGUGGUGAAAUGCCAGGUAAAGGAAAAGAGCAAAACUUGACUGUGACUCUGGAGAGCAUCAUGUCCUCUAGCAUGGAGUCGGACACAACUUUCAGCUCUGAGGAUGAAGAUGAGGAAGACUGCUACUCUGCCUCUACAACUUCCAGCAGUCUUCCAUCCCCUGAGAUCUUUAGAAGGGAGAGUAAUGUGGAAACAUUGACUUUCCCCAUCAAGGAGGAGCUGCUGGAUCUCCAUCUUCACAUCAAAAACUCCACAUUGUUGGAUGUGAGCCAUGCUCAGAGCAUCCACAUGCAUCAGCCCCCCAACCUCUCUAACAUCACUGAUUCCUCUACCAGUAUCCCUGAGACGAACUGUGACAUCAACAAAAACAGAGUACCUGAAGCUGAGAACAAAAUGUAUACAGACUCAUUUAAAUCAGAGACGGCCUUCAAGUGGAAAACCCCAUCCAAACUCACCAACAGAAAGCCAACUGUGUACAAAAAGAAGGUGUGGUUCAAAAGCCCCAUCAUUGCUGAGACCUUUAAAGCAAAACUCACCCCAGCCACCAAAUUAACCAUUCACAGCUCCAGUGAGCCGGCCAAAACAUCCAGCCCGACUGAGCACAUGAAGCCAGACACAGGCACACCCAGAAUGGGUGAGCUCAAUUCUAAGGAAGAGGAAUUACAACAAAUGGUGACGCUGAAAAGGCCUGUAAAGAAUAGCCCGGGGGAAGCCAAGUUCUUUGACUUUAUCAAUGAAAGUGACAGGGAUGCGUUCUUUAAGGGGAUGAAGGACAGGUGUGUCAAACUUAAAAGUGCUCCUUUGUUUCCUCUCAUAGCUCCUGGGUACACAGAUUAGCCUGCAGGGGCAAAGAUCUGGGCUUUCUCCCGUAAUCAAAGAGAUUUGUAUGUAAAAUAUCCUGUAAAAGAUUAAUCUGAGUACUUCAAAACAAGAUGGCACGACUCAGAAGUGUGUGAGGCUAAAUGUUGAAAUGAAAUGUGAUGCACUUAAAAAUAUACAGGGAAUUCAAAGAGAUGCCACACACUGACAGAUGUAUAGACUGAUGGUGCAGACAUAGUGUAAGUGACCCUUCAACCUCCAUUGCAUCUUAGCCUUUAUUUUUAUCACAAAGCAUACUGUAUUAAACUGUUGCUCAAGUACAUCUGGCUACAAAAAUGCACUUUUUAAUGUGUUAUUUCAACACACUGUAAGCAGUGAAACCAGGACCUGAUGUCCUUCUUAAAUGUUGCAUGUCUACAUGCUGUCCAACAAGUGUGUGGUGCAAAAUGGCCACUAGAUGUCAGAGCUGUAUCGUCUUACAUAGCCAUCUUUUCUCUUCUAACAAUAAUUGUUUUUCUUUUUGUUUGUGGAAUAUAUAUGUUGUGUGUGUUUCUCUGUAUUUGUAUUUACUUUCAGUAUAUGUGUCAAUGCCAUACGCCCCUAAUCUAAGUGUUUAAUGUAAGCUAAAAGUUAAAAUGUAAGUUUGUUUUACUUUGCUGUUUUCUGUAUGUGUGAGUAAAAUGUAUUUCUACAAAAAAAGUCAAUGUGCAAAAUAAAUGAAUGUACAGUAGGUUUCAUAGCUUAAAUAAAUCAUUAUUU